UGCGUCUGUUGUAGGAAACAUGGCUGAUCGUUGACCAUAUGGGAUAUUGACGAGCUUUCGAAUUCUUUCUUUAAGCAUGUCAACCAAAUGGGAAAUUUUAAAGAAAGUAUUUUCUUCCAGUUAGAUGUGGAAAUGUUUUCAUAAUUAAAAGGUUAACAAGCUUAACUCUCCAGUCGCUGUCGUAGGUAAGCUAGCUAUGUGUAGCUCUCCGAAACAAGGGAUCAAAGAGGAAAGUUCGAGUAUCAGCACUAAUAUGAACAACUUAUUGAUUCGUCGAAAUCUAACCCCCACCAACACGAAAAGACAUGAAAGGACGUUGUUUAAUUUGACCAACAUUGAAGACGACGAUGAUGUUGAAUUUGACACUUCAGACUCAAAAAGCUGUGAGGUUCUGAUGGCUGGUAAGCAAUACCCAUCCAUCCAGGACUUUGCCUCAGCCAUCCCAAAUCAUCUGCUCCUUGGGUCCUUGCUGGAACACCUGUGCUUUGUCUAUGAUAACGACCCAAUCCGCUCUCGUAUGCUGUUCAAAGGUGAAAUACACCUGUAUCUGGAAGGUCCCACGGUUGUCAUUGGUCAGCGUUUAUCUGCUAUGAAUCUCGUGUCUCCGUUGGCAAUAAGUGAUGAAUUCAGCACGGUCAGACUCCAACACAACAGAGCCUUCACUGAACUACUACAUGCUGCCAGCAUAUCCCUACCUCCACAGGGGCAAAGAUUAUUCAACACAGAUCCUCAGAGCCUUACGCCAAGACCAAAGGAGGGAUUUUUCCAUGCACAAACGUCUCGCUACCUCAGUGAAUUUGAAGAGCUCUCUAGACUUGGGAAAGGAUCCUAUGGCAAUGUAUUUAAGGUGUCAAACAAGCUGGAUGGACAGAUGUAUGCUGUGAAAAAAAUUAUCAUUCAUAAUGUUUCAAGGGAUGAUUGCAUGAAGGUUCUCAGAGAGGUGAAAGUCUUAUCUAGUCUUCAGCACAUGAAUGUAGUGGGCUAUCACACUGCCUGGAUGGAACAUGUUGCACCUGCCUCCACCCCAUCAAUACUACCAGCCCUGGAAACCCCUGCACUGCUAGACCGCACCAAGGAGAGUACAGUCAGUAGUAACGGCUCAUCGAUAGUCUUCGAGAACUCUGAUCACUCGAAGGACUCGAUGGCCAAAGCGCCAGAUCAGCUCCCCGGGAAUUCCCUGGCUCCUAAAGAGAAGAUCAGCGCACAGGGGGUGUGUCCGAAAAGCCACUCCCGCAUCCCAGAGAACGUUGUUCCCUGUGUGUUCCUGGGACCGCGUGGCCUCACGGCCGAAGGCUGCCCUGCGAUCAGCUGGGACGGUUCUGCCCUGUCCGAGGGAAACUCGGAAACUCGGAUGGAGCUGAACAACAACUCCUACACUGACAUGGGGAGCAAGGAGUGGGAGACAAAAUGUCCUGCCAAGGAGGUUCAGUUCCACCUCAUGCUGUAUAUCCAGAUGCAGUUGUGUGAACGCUCCCUCAAAGACUGGGUCUCAGACAGAACCACCCGACACAACUCACAGAAUCCUUAUGAGUCAGUGGACACUGAACAAACACUCAGCAUUCUACAUGAAACACUUGAAGGGGUGGAAUACAUUCACUCAAGAGGAAUCAUGCAUAGAGACCUUAAGCCAAGGAAUAUUUUCCUACAUGGACCUGAAUGCCAUGUCAGGAUUGGAGACUUUGGGCUGGCUUGCAGGGAUAUCAUAAUAGAUGAUGAGGAAAAGCUAACCUCUACCCCACUGAACACUGGUGAGAAAUGCUCCUCACACACCACUGGAGUGGGGACAUUUGUUUACGCUGCACCGGAACAGCUGAAGGGCUCCCACUAUGAUUCAAGGUCUGACAUGUACAGCAUAGGAGUGUUGGCGCUAGAACUGUUCCAGCCCUUUGGGACAGAGAUGGAACGUGUACGUACUCUAGAGGACCUCCGUGAGGGGAAGGUCCCACACUCCUUCUCCCAGCGUUGGCCUGUUCUUGCCAAGUACAUCACACUGCUGACCAGCAGAGACCCCUCUCUACGGCCCAGCGCAGCACAGUUACUGAAAAGUGAGCUGUUCAGCAGCAAAGACAUGGUUAUCGAUGGCUUGCAAAGGAAAGUUGAAGAGCAGGAAGAGGAAAUAGUUCAACUCCGGAAACAGAUCAGCCAGCUACAGAUUCAAAGCACGCAACAAGCAUCCCACCUCACGGAAGAGACCUGACAUCAAACAUCUCUGCCAAUCAAACCUGUUAUAUUCAACAUGUGAAUACAUUGGUGCAAAUGGUUCAAUGUGUGCAUAGAUGUAACAAUGUGCCAGUAUUUACCUUUUGGAAAUUGGAAUUCAAUUACAUUUAGACAGCAUCCCUUUUGAUUUUAAUGAACAUUUCUGUAUAUAUUUGCUCAUUGAAGAAUGUGACAUUUGAGACCCAAAGAGUUGAAGGUGCAACAUUUUUACCUAUAUUGUAUACCCCACUCCACCAUUACGCACCCAUAUUUUCAGCACUGAAAAAAUAAAUGAUUGAUAUAAUUCAAAUACAAAUCAUAGAAGGGACAUUUCACUUCAAGGUGCAUGAGUUUAGCUUGUACAAUAUUAAAAAAAUAACUUUACAUUUGAACGUAUUAGUACCACAAUGAAGGCAGCUGGUCCAACCAAUGUUUACCUUAGUGUCUGCUUCUAGCUACUGUGAAGUCUUUUUCUUUGAGUUAAAUUGUUUUAUGUUUCAUUUUUGAAAUUUUUUUAUUGUCAUGCUUUAUCGGUUAAAGAGACAGCGGGCUUGAUGUGCUUCAACUGGGGCUGGGCAAAUAACAAAAACCUCAGAUCAUGUAAAAUAAGGUUUACGCUAUGAUGUAUUUAAGUUAAAGCAGGAAUUGGCAGUUAAAAAAUGGAAAAAAGCAUAUUCCCUGCCCCUGUUUGUGUAGAAAACAGUUAUAUGGGACUGGAGAAGACUAUGCAUGCAGACGGACCAUUCAUGAUAUACAAAAUCUAGUUUGAACUAUGUUUUGAGGAUUUAGUGUUUUGUUACAUUUACUUUGUUUAUAAAAAAUAUAUAUAAUUGAUGUAGCAGAUCUACAUAUUGCCCCAUUUAAAAUUAAAUAAAUGGCUGCACAUAUGUAUACUUAGUUUGACAAUACAAUUUGUAAGCUUUUGAAUGAUAUCAGCCAUUUUCAGUGAAGAUAUGUCUAACCAUAUGUCUAAUGAUAUUAUGAGGUAUGCAAAAUACAGGAACUCAUUGCUGGGAACCUUUUAUCUUUUGAAUUUUUUUGGCAUUCAGUUCAAAAUGUAUGGACGGUUUCUUUGAAAUCAAAAGGUGUGCUGUCAAAAAGUAAUUACAUUGAAAUAAAUGUAUUUUUAAAACUACAAUAAAUCUUAUUUAAUUUACACUAAUCUAUGUAUCUGGAUUGCUUUUAAAUGGUCAAGAUUCAGACCCGCAGUAACAAACUUGGUACAUUAUUAGUAAAUACAGUUAAACUAUUAGAGGCAGUCUGGGAAACCUGUGAGUCUACCAUGAUGGCAAUUGGUUCAAAUAUAUAUUUUCCAUCAGAAGAUAUUGU